AUGUCAGUAGAUGAUAACAACUUUCUCAAAAUAAUGGAAGGCGAAGUGUACAUGGAUGACCAAAAUCACUGGGUCGCACUACUACCCUUUCGUUCACCUCGCAAGCCCCUUCCUCAUAACAGAGAACAGGCCUCCCAGAGACUCUCCACUCUCCAACGCUCAUUCAGAAGGAAACCUGACAUGAAACAGCACUUCUUUGACUUCAUGCAGAAAGUCAUCGACAACCAGCAGGGCCGGCUCCUCAAUUGCAGCCAGGGCAAGAAUGCUGAUGCAUCUACUAUGGCAAUAGCAGCUGUAGCCUAUCUGCUUGUUUUGGACUCUGAUGGAAAAUGGCAUAUAGGUUUUGUAAUGGGAAAAACAAAGCUGGCUCCUUACCCCAUGCACACUGUUCCACGCCUGGAGUUUUGCGCAGCAGUCUUGGCAGUCGAACUGGCAGAACUAAUCCAAUCUGAAAUAGAUGUCAAGUUGAGAGCAGUCAGGUUCUACACAGACAGUCGUGUCGUGCUGAGCUACAUCCACAACAGAUCAAGAAGGUUCUAUACCUAUGUAGCUAACCGAGUAACUCGCAUUCGGAGCUCUACCAAACCAACACAGUGGCAGUACGUGCAAACCGAUGAGAACCCUGCAGACCAUGGAACCAGGCCGAUUCCAGCGGCUUACCUGGCCUCAUCCAGUUGGUUCUUUGGUCCUCAAUUUCCCUGCCAGCCAAACAGACAUCAAGAGGAUGAGGCAGAAUCAUUCGAGCUUGUGCAGCCAGAUACAGACAAAGACAUUCGGCCUGAAGUCACCUCUUUUGCAACCAAAGUCACAGAGCAGUCUCUUGGAUCACAAAGAUUUGAAAACUUCUCUACUUGGAAGAGUCUAGUAAGAGGCAUGACAAGUCUCAUUCAUGUAGCCAAGUCAUUCUCCAGUGAGACUAAGAAUGAUGAAUGUAAGGGAUGGCAUCAAUGUAGGCAGCUACACACCACAGAGCGCUGUCAAGCCAAAACAAGUAUCCUCAAGGCAGUGCAGGAGGAUGUGUGUCAGGAGGAGCUAAAACGUAUAACCCAGGGCAUCAAAGUUCACCACCAAGGCCCUCUUGUAAAGUUGGAUCCCUUCCUUGACGGGAAUGGACUGCUUAGAGUAAAGGCCAUUGCUCAGCUGCUGGUACACUUCAACUGGACUUGGGUGGGGCUGGUGAGAGGUGACCGCGAAUACGGGCGGUACGCCAUGGAAGGUUUACUGAGAGAAUUAGAGGGUACCAAAGUGUGUGUAGCAUAUCAGGAAAUUAUACCUCUGCUCUACAAUCGCCGGAGGGUGCUGGAGAUCAUGCAGAGGGCUGCUCUGGCUAUGUUGAACGGGCUGAGCGAGGACGACUCUCCCACGUGCAGCAGUGCCUCUCCGCUCCUUGCUGUGAUUGGGGAAUCUGGUACUCCUCAGUCCAUCGUGUUGUCAAGAAUCCUGCAGCCAUUCAGUAUCCCGAUGGUAAAGGCCAUUGCUCAGCUGCUGGUACACUUCAACUGGACUUGGGUGGGGCUGGUGAGAGGUGACCGCGAAUACGGGCGGUACGCCAUGGAAGGUUUACUGAGAGAAUUAGAGGGUACCAAAUUGUGUGCAGCAUAUCAGGAAAUUAUACCUCUGCUCUACAAUCGCUGGAGGGUGCUGGAGAUCAUGCAGGUGCAAGUGUCUGUGUGCAGUGCCAGCUGUCUUCCAGGGUCCCGGAUGGCUGUCCAUCAUGGAGAACCUGUUUGUUGCUUUGACUGUGUACCAUGUGACAGUGAUUCAAUAGAGUGCACAUUUUGUCCUGAGGACUUCUGGUCAAACAAAGACAGAACCGCCUGCAUCCCCAAGAUGGUGGAGUUCUUGGCCUAUGAUUCCUUGGGCACAGCCCUGACAGUGAUCUCUGUAGUGGGCGCCUGCCUCACUACAGCUGUCUUUGCAGUCUUUUUCUAUCAUAGAAGCAUUGUCCGUGUGAAUAACUCUGAACACAGCUUCUUAAUCCUGUUUGCGCUGACUCUGUGUUUCCUGUGUUCGCUGGUGUUCAUUGGGGAGCCAACAUCUUGGUCCUACAUGCUGCGCCACACUACCUUUAGCAUCACAAUUUCACUUUGCAUCUCCUGCAUUCUGGGGAAGACUCUGGUGGUGUUGGCUGCUUUCACUGCCACCAGGCCAGGGGACAACAUCAUGAAGUGGCUGGGGCCCAAACAGCAGAGGGUCAUUAUCUUCAGUUGCACUCUGGUUCAGGUGGUUAUCUGUGCUGCCUGGCUCCUUGAUGCUCCCCCUUUUCCAUCCCGAAAUACACAAUAUGAACGCUCAAAGAUCAUACUGGAGUGUAGUGUGGACUCCAGCCUCGCAUUCUGGUGCGUUCUAGGAUAUAUUGGUCUACAGACCUGUCUGUGCUUUGUACUAGCUUUUCUGGCCCAUACGUUGCCGAGCAACUUCAACGAGGCCAAGUUCAUCACUUUUACCAUGUUGAUCUUCUGUGCUGUGUGGCUGGCAUUCAUCCCUGCUUACAUCAGUUCCCCUGGGAAGUAUGCAGAUGCAGUGGAGUCAUUUGCCAUUCUGGCUUCCAGCUUUGGCUUGUUGUUCUGUCUGUUUGCUCCGAAGUGUUACAUUAUUUUACUAAAGCCAGAGAAAAAUACAAAACAGUACCUUAUGGGAAAAGAAAAUAAGUAA